GCAGACACAGAACUAGUGAAAGAAAGUUGCAGCCAGCUCAUUCCUGAGACAUUGACCUCACAACAAACUUCACUCAUGCAUACACCAAAAAAACACAACACACUGUUUCUCACUCCCCCACUGUCUCAACUCACCGUCAUGUAUAUAAAUAAAUGCCUCAUCCAUUACAUACCCAUCACUGACCACAAAAUUAGUAGUAAAUAUUGCUCAAUUUUCUGAAAACAACAUCUGAAAAUUGAAAUAAACAUGGAGUAUGGGAAAUUGGGACCCUCCGAUUCAGGUGGUGGUUCCUCUCGCUCCGAUGUAGCUCUAGUCAACUCAAGAACUAAAACAACCUCCGGAAGAAAGAAGAAGCUCAUUAUUCUAGUACUCCUCGCCGUCGUCCUGAUCGUCGCCUCCGCCGUCGUACUCACCGCUGUACGCUCCCGAGCCGGAGGCUCCGGAGCUUCCACCCUCCGGGCGAAACCGACACAGGCAAUUUCAAACACGUGCAGCAAAACACGGUUUCCUUCACUCUGCGUGAAGUCCCUCCUUGAUUUUCCGGGAUCCACGGCGGCGUCGGAGAGAGACCUCGUCCACAUUUCACUCAACAUGACCUUCCAGCAUCUCGCCAAGGCGCUCUACUCCUCCGCCGCGAUCUCCGCCAGCAUGGAUCCCCGCGUCCGCGCCGCCUACGACGACUGCCUUGAGCUUCUCGAUGAUUCCGUUGACGCUCUUGGCCGCUCACUCUCCUCCUUCGCCGCCGGGUCGUCCUCCUCCGACGUGAUGACAUGGCUCAGCGCCGCGCUCACCAACCAGGACACGUGCGCGGAUGGGUUUGCCGACACCUCCGGCGACGUCAAGGACCAGAUGGCUGGCAACCUCAAGGAUCUUUCAGAGCUCGUCAGCAACUGCCUCGCCAUAUUCGCUGGCGCCGGCGAUGACUUCUCCGGCGUUCCCAUACAGAAUCGACGGUUACUCGCAAUGCGAGAUGAUAAUUUCCCGAGAUGGUUGAACCGGCGAGAUAGGAGAUUGCUGAGCCUUCCGGUGUCGGCAAUGCAAGCCGAUGUUGUCGUCUCGAAAGAUGGCAACGGAACGGCGAAGACCAUCGCCGAAGCUAUUAAGAAGGUGCCGGAGUAUGGCUCCCGGCGUUUCAUUAUCUACGUCAGGGCAGGAAGGUAUGAAGAGAACAAUUUGAAGAUAGGGAGAAAGAGAACCAAUGUGAUGAUCAUAGGGGAUGGAAAGGGCAAGACAGUCAUUACAGGUGGCAAAAAUGUCAUGGAUGGCCUCCUCACCACAUUUCACACUGCUUCCUUUGCUGCUUCAGGCGCAGGUUUCAUUGCAAGGGACAUGACUUUUGAGAACUACGCCGGGCCGGAGAAGCACCAAGCGGUGGCCCUCCGUGUCGGAGCAGACCACGCGGUGGUGUACCGCUGCAAUGUGAUUGGGUACCAGGACACAAUGUAUGUACACUCCAACCGUCAAUUCUACCGCGAGUGUGACAUCUACGGCACCGUAGACUUCAUAUUCGGCAAUGCCGCGGUAGUUUUCCAAAACUGCAGCCUCUACGCGCGAAAGCCCAUGGCCCAACAAAAAAACACCAUCACGGCCCAAAAUAGAAAGGACCCGAAUCAGAACACGGGUAUUUCAAUCCAUGCCUGUCGGGUCCUAGCCGCAGCAGAUCUCAAAGCUUCCAAUGAAAGCUUUGAGACCUAUCUGGGCCGACCGUGGAAACUUUACUCUAGAACGGUGUACAUGAUGUCAUACAUUGGUGAUCACGUGCAUCAACGUGGGUGGUUGGAGUGGAACACAACGUUUGCUUUGGAUACUUUGUAUUAUGGUGAGUACAUGAAUUAUGGGCCGGGUGCUGCCGUUGGGCAACGGGUCAACUGGCCCGGGUAUCGGGUCAUUACAUCCGCAUUGGAAGCGAGCAGGUUCACGGUGGCGCAAUUCAUAUUGGGCGCUACCUGGUUGCCGUCCACCGGAGUGGCAUUCCUAAGUGGCUUAUCUACGUGAAUUAUUCCACACUGCAACUUGAUUAAAUCUUGUUCCAUAUAUAGUCCAAACCAACCCAAUUUGUCCCCAUAUAUUUUUAUAAUUAGUUUAUUUGCAAUAAUUGUAUUAAACUAAAAAUAUAGUUUAUUUUUUGGUACCAUGCUUUUUUUUUCACCCCAGUGGUCAUGAUAAGAAAUAUAAGUUGUAAUGCAAUGUCGAAUAAAGAAUAACAAAUGGAUUUAAUUUA